AUGGAGCCCUUAACAUCGGCUCCCGAGACAUCUGCCUUUGUCCCUCUCUCAGUGCAUCAAUCGCGCACACCAGACUCCUUCCACUCCGGCCCCGCAGUCCUGCACUACCACGCCUCGAACUGCAAGCUCGUCGGCCUCGAGCGCGACCUCUCCUCGACACCAGCACUUAAUGCUCUUCGUGGCGCAGAAGUCAAUGGGUCAAUCUCGAGCUCCGAAAACCAGCAAGGCAACGAUGCGAAUGGAGGCGAAGGCGAAACCGAGAAGGAAGUCGUCAUUGAGGGGUUAGAUGUCUGGGUAACUUCCGAUAAGUUUCUCCUCUAUAAGCCAAGCGUCCCCAUAGGCCUCUCAAUUCCCUACCGAUCCAUCUCGCUACAUGCGAUCCAGCGCCUGAAGAUCCCCGCCCAAGACCAACCGACCGAAGUUCAAGGUCUCUACAUGAAUAUCACGAAACCACAAUCUCCCGCAUCGUUCCCACAGGAAUCCGAUGAAGAAGAGACCCUCGCUCUGACACUUGUGCCUCCUACAACUCCAUCGUCCGGGGAUACAAAUGCAAACACAGACGCGGAACCCGAAUCGGAAUCACAGACCCAAACGCUCUACGACGCCGUGUCGGCCUGCGCAAAUCUUCACCCGGACCCCGUCGAGGAGGAAGACGAAGAUAGCGGUGCUUUCGCCUCUGGUCUUGUUUUCCCCGGUGCCGCAGAGGGUGGAUUGCCACCUCCAGUGGAUGGGAGCUCUGGGUGGAUUACGGCAGAUAACAUGCACGAGUUUUUCGAUGAGGAGGGAAAUUGGAUUGGGGAAGGAGAUGCGCCGGGUUUGCCAGGCUUGGGAGAAGGCCUUGGACCUGGCGCCGGGACUGUGAGGGAGAGAGAUGAGGAAGGGGAUGAGCCGGGUGGCACUGAGGGGGAGGAUGCUGGUGCGGAUGGGGAUGAAACGAAAUGGAGGAGGACUGAUUGA